AUGAAAUCAUUGUGUUACAAACCAUCGCUGGAUUUGUCUCCUCGUCGAAUGAAGCACCAUAUGGUAACUCCUGCGGAUGGGCUGCUCCGAAUCGAUUAUUGCCAUAGAUUGGAAAGAGGGACCAGCGGCUACGCGUAUACCUUAUCGUUUACCAAUGGUGUCUUUCUUACAAAGAAGCACACGGAAUUGAUGAUACCAAAGCGUAUAACCCAACUGCAAUCAUUCAAGGAAACAUUAAAGUUUAUGUUCAUAUGGAAGAAUCAUCUGCUCAACAUGGUCGCAAGUGUUGAUCAAAAGCCAAACAAAGAUGCUCUUCGUGGUAUCGUUAACUUCACAGAUGCCGGCACCAACACCUCCAAUAUCCCUCCAGUCAUGGUAGCAACCCCAAAAUCUCAUAAACGAAACAAUGAUCAAGUCGAUCAGUGA